GUAAGUCUGAUUUUAUACUUGAGUUAUUAGCGAAAAUGAAAAUAAGUAAGAGUUCCUUGAUUGCUCAAGACAAUGACCUCUUCCGGCAGCUGUUGUCUUUACACGAUUCUAUUGCGGAAUUACGAGAACGGCAGCGACACAGCGCCUUAUGCAUGGAUGACGAUGACGAUGAUGGCGAUGACAUCGAUAUAGAAGAUCCAGUGGAUAGAAGUAGAGAUAGCAAUUCCCCGAGUCUAGAAUCACUCUCAGAUCCGGGAGAACUUCCAGAAACUUCUCCAGAAUCUACUCUGUCAUCUCGUUCUAGUCUUUCAGCCACCAGUACCGACUUUAAGCCCCACAAACACCACCACCACUAUAAUAGAUGCACAAAAUAUCGCGGUCGGUAUCGGAAGGAAGACUCCAAACAGCGUCAUCGGGCGACGUCGAACGCAAAUGACGAUUCCAGGCCUCUCAUCUUCAUCGACAAAUCUGAAAUAUGCUUCCGAUGCAGAAAGAUGGCGCCUCCUUACAGGAGAUCUAGCUCUAUAACAAGUUUAUACUAUUUGCAUGAAGAUAUGGAAUCCUACGAUUCGGGAAUUCAUUUGCAAGGAUCUCAUUCCGAUUCGGACCAUGAAAUUUUUGUAUGACGUCGUUUCAAUUCAAAGUAUAUUUGUUCUAAAUAACUUUUUGAAGAAUAUGAAAGUUUUAGUCAUUGCUUUUUAGAUCUAAACUUUAAAGGUGCUCACAGAAUUGAGAACUAUUUCCUCAAUAAGUGCACUUGCGUAUGUGUAAUAUAAAUAUUGAGAAAUGAAUGUUUUUGUAAACAAAUUUAAAAAAGUGUAUGAAAUUGUAAUGUAUGAAAAAUGUGAAUAAAAAGUUGCUUAAA